AUGUCUGACAAGCUUACUCGUAUUGCCAUUGUCAAUAGUGACAAAAAAUGUCGCCAAGAGUGUAAAAAGUCUUGCCCCGUCGUCCGUACCGGAAAGCUCUGUAUCGAAGUGACGCCGGAGUCCAAGAUCGCCUUCAUCUCGGAACGCCUUUGCAUCGGUUGCGGUAUCUGUCCUAAGAAGUGUCCUUUCGGUGCCAUCCACAUCAUCAACUUGCCCACAAACUUGGAAACCGAGGUCACCCACCGUUAUUCGGCCAACAGCUUCAAGCUUCACCGUCUCCCUAUGCCCCGGCCCGGUCAGGUCCUUGGUCUUGUUGGAACAAACGGUAUCGGAAAGAGUACUGCUUUGAAGAUUCUUAGCGGCAAGCUGAAGCCCAAUCUCGGACGCUACGACAACCCUCCCGAUUGGGAAGAGAUUCUGAGAUAUUUCCGUGGUUCCGAACUGCAGAACUACUUUACCAAGGUCCUAGAAGACAACCUGAAGGCCGUGGUUAAGCCCCAAUAUGUCGACCAGAUUCCUCGGGCUGUGAAGGGUCCGGUCAAGAACGUCGGGGAUCUCAUCAAGGCUCGCUCUCAGAUGAACAACAUGGAGCGCAUCAUGGAUGCUCUUGAACUCAGACAGGUACAGGACCGUGACAUUGACCACUUGUCUGGUGGUGAACUUCAACGGUUCGCUAUUGGUCUUGUUUGCGUGCAGAAGGCCGACGUGUACAUGUUUGACGAGCCAUCUUCCUACCUCGAUGUCAAACAGCGUUUGGCGGCAGCCCGCUCUAUUCGUGAGCUUCUGCGCCCUGAUGACUACGUCAUUGUUGUCGAGCACGAUUUGUCCGUUCUUGACUAUCUUUCAGACUUUGUCUGUGUGCUCUACGGUAGACCUGCUGUCUACGGUGUUGUUACACUUCCUUCUUCUGUCCGUGAAGGUAUCAAUAUCUUCCUGGAUGGUCACAUACCCACCGAGAAUCUUCGGUUCCGAGAGGAGUCUCUCACUUUCCGUCUGGCUGAGGCUGGCGAUGACUUCAUGGUUGACAAGGCCCGUGCUUUCACCUACCCGAGCAUGGAGAAGACUCUUGGCAAUUUCCACCUGAAGAUCGACUCCGGUUCAUUCACUGACUCUGAAAUCAUUGUCAUGAUGGGUGAGAACGGAACUGGCAAGACUACUUUCUGUAGAAUGCUCGCUGGUGCCGAGAAGCCUGACGGCAACGUCAGCAUGCCCCGCAUGCACAUCAGCAUGAAGCCUCAGAAGAUCACACCCAAGUUCCAGGGUACCGUGCGUCAGCUCUUCUUCAAGCGUAUCAAGGCUGCUUUCCUUUCGCCUCAGUUCCAGACCGAUGUCUACAAGCCCCUCAAGAUGGAUGACUUCAUCGACCAGGAAGUUCAGAACCUGUCUGGUGGUGAAUUGCAACGUGUUGCUAUUGUCCUUGCCCUCGGAAUGCCGGCCGAUAUCUACGUGAUCGACGAGCCUAGCGCUUACCUUGACUCCGAACAACGUAUCGUGGCUGCCAGAGUCAUCAAGCGUUUCAUCAUGCACACCAAGAAGACCGCUUUUAUUGUCGAGCACGAUUUCAUUAUGGCCACCUAUCUCGCUGACCGUGUCAUUGUCUUUGACGGCAAGCCUUCUGUUGACGCGCACGCCAAUACCCCCGAGUCGCUGGUCACCGGUUGCAACACUUUCUUGAGAAACCUGGAUGUCACCUUCCGUCGUGAUCCCAACAGUUACCGUCCUCGUAUUAACAAAUACAACAGUCAGAUGGACCAGGAGCAGAAGUUGGCUGGCAACUUCAGAGUUGAAAAGGUCAUUCCAGGCAAACAUAAUCGCAACCAUCACAGGGACGAUGGUCGCGACGCUGACCAACGGCGACGUCGUGGUCAAUGGAAAACCCUUCGUUUAGUGGCGUUAUUCGGCGUUCCUGGGGCCUCGCGUCGCCGUAGCCGUGGCUUGUGCCUCGUUGGCGAUCUAGCUGGUGCUUCGGAUGAGGAGGAGGAUGACGAUGACGACAAUGUUAAGUAG